AUGUCUUCAGCAUCCCUACCAACUGCGCGCAAGCGCCCUAUAUCAGAUACCCACGGUAGGCGAACAGUACUUGACAUCUCGCAAGGCGUCAGACUAAUGGUUGUUUUAGAAGCAGACCAAGACAUCGACUUCUUCUCAGACAGUGGCUCCGACACGGAGUCUGAGAACGAAUAUGAGUCCGUGCCCCGGUUCAAGCGCCAGAAAGUAGCAGAAGACGAACUCGCCUAUCGACCGACGAAUGGUUACGGUCAAGGACCAGGGUAUAUAUCCAAAGGAGCACGUUCUGCGAACCUUACGCGAUUCCCCCUGAAGCCCAUGUACAACGUGACAAUUCCUUUCGCUCAAGACUUGGUAGGUCGAUGCGGAUACGAUAUCCAGCAACUGCCUUUGCCGCAACGCGCGGUGAUUGAGGAGCUACUUGCCGCUGGUGAACGACAGGAAAAACAGGCAGAACAAGCAGCCGCUCAAUCGACCGAAGCUACAGCUGCUUCAUCUAAUCCGCCUCCUCGACAGCGUGCUAAGCAUGUAUUUCCUGGAGAGAUCCCUGUCGGCAAGAAACCCUUGAACUGGGGUCGCAACGAGAAGGCUGAGGGUAUGGCGGGUCACUACACCAAGCUUCAGUUCCAGCGGCCGUUGUACGACGAAGGCUUCGAAGUUGCGGAUCUUAGGGACAAGUCUAACCUGGAGCUUGCAAAGAUGUGGCAUAAGUAUCGCGAUGAGCAUUACCCUCUUCAGGGAAUUGGCCAGCAAGAAGACGAUGCAGAAGAUGAUGAUGAGGCUUCUAAUGUGCUUGAUGGACUUGGAGACUCCUUCAAGGGGGCUGAAGCACAGUCUCAGGCUGAAGCGACUACAGGUACUCCAAUCAGCAUGGCAGCAAUGUAUUCACCUCAGGAGUCUGGAUCGUUAGAAGGUCACAUUAACGCAGGAAGUUCCACGCGGGACUUGACAGAUUCCUCAGGCACAAUCCGAACAACCGCGUCCGAUCUUGUGCCAACUCAGACGAACGACAACAGCACUCUGCCAAAACCGCUUCGGCAAACUGUUGGCCCUCUUGGAACGAUUUCAAACCAUCCGGUAGCGGCCACUGUGACUGGGAAGCCGGCAGCACUUCAGUCUGUUCCCCAGACGAGCACUCGGGGGAGCGGAAAGGGGCAACAUGCGCAAGAGACAGCCCGCCGCGUAGCUCUUGCCGCUCGGGUCGACCGUUAUCCCUUGCACCUGCAAGGUAACAACAACCAUACGCCUUUCUCGAUGGAUCUCGAUCUAGCGCCUUUCACCAUCAAGUCGAAAUAUAAUCGUAACAUGACGGAGCAGCUAUUGAAGGAUUAUGGCCUGCUUCCAGCCAGCCACCUGAAACAAUACAAAACACAUUUGCAGCUUGCCCAAUAUCUUGUUGACCGGCGAGAUGAGCUUGUUGAGAACGGGGCUACACUCCAGGAACCUUGGACCAAUGACCGUCUCGAGCAAUAUGUUGCUGACCAGGAGGCCCAAGGAUCGAUUCUUCCUGCUAGCUCCCUGCCUGGAGCUGGCCCGACGAAUGCCCAGAUUUCGCAGCUGCUCCCUCCACAGAAGUCGAAGAGCGGCACUGCUGCCAAAGUCGUUACUUCCGCUACGAAGCAGGGGGUCGCAACCACCAAGAAGCGCAACCGUGAAGACGAAGAUCAUGGCCUAAAUGAAGUCGAAUCCCCUCCCCAGAAGCGGUCGCGCAAGAUGGCGAAGACCAAGAAGCGCAGCCGUGAGGAGGUGGAUCAGGGCCUAGAUCAAGUCGAAUCCUCCCCCCAGGCCCGGCCGCGGAAGAUGGCGAAGACCAAGAAGACAGCCCAAGUCACUUCAGAAGAGCCAGAUUUGCCAUCUGCGUUUGUUGCCACUGAUUAUGGCUCGCCCUUCCAACAUCCUCUGUUGCCACAUGAAACGGCAAACGUAGCGCCUUCGGCCUCCAGCGCGUACGCAUCAUCUCCUCACCACGUUGCACAGCACGAGCCUACCAGAUAUGAGUUGCAUCAGCAGACCUGGGCCCGUAUGCAACAACCCAUUGACGACCCAGCCUAUGGGCAACCGCAGUAUGGAGUUCAGCCCCCGUGGUCGUACACAGAGCAGCCAGUCUACGAUCAGCAGCCCGCAUAUCAAGGCUACACUAUCUACAACAAUGGGUACCAGCGGUAUCAGGCGCCUCCUCCUCCUCCUCAGGCACCUGUGUCGGCAUACACAAUGCCUCCAUCGCCUGGUGCCUCCGACAUGAUCCACUCGCCUACCUCAAAUAUCCCAAUUGAUCCCGCGCUGCUCCAGUAG